GCUAUAGACGCAGUUGGUGAUGGAAUACCCUUGACUGCCCAUUUAUCCGCCUGGAAACUUCAAUUGCACCCGGCCGUCCAGUCAAAAGCGCGCAAGGCUUUCACUACACCUGCAAAGCCCUACUGCAAUUGAAUUACAAAGUUGCCAUAGAAGGUCUGGAGUGGUAAAUAACGCUUUGACUUAACAGGACUAAAGUCACAUGAAGCAUUUGGAUAGAAAACUGUUCUCCGUUCAAUACUCGUCAUACUCUUCAACCGCGUGAUGGGGCCGCUGCUGUGGGCUUCUGAGGGGAGCCCCCUGAUUGGUCAGGCCCGGUGACGACAGUGGGACCUUUGAGAUGACCAUCCCCACUCCUGCGUCGGCACUGGUCUGAGUGAUGAAGAUUACGACCAACACUGGCCUCUUCGUCUUCCUCACUCUGUCUGUGCUCUGCAGAAUUAAGUCAGCGUGUGGGAAGACUGUAAAGGACACAGUGCAUGAAUGGAACCUAUACAGGAACGAAUGUCUGCACAAGAUCAGCACCGACCCCAAGCCACCAGGUCUGGUGUGUGGUCGUAUGUUCGACAUGUACGCCUGCUGGGCAGAUGGUCUGCCCAACACCACCGUCAAAGUGCCCUGCCCCUGGUACCUUCCAUGGUAUGACCAAGUGCGGAAUGGCUUUGUGUUGCGGGAGUGUGGGGCAGACGGCCAGUGGGCCAACAACAACACCAGUCGCACCUGGAGGGACCACUCCCAGUGCAAUGACGACGGAAGCCAACAGAGGGCGCAGGAGAACCAGAUGAUGGUGCUGGCCUACUUCAGGGUCAUGUACACAGUGGGCUACUCACUGUCACUGGCCAGUCUCUCGCUCGCUCUCAUCAUCCUCCUCAUCUUCAGGAAACUGCGCUGCACCCGGAACUUCAUCCACACCAACCUGUUUGCCUCCUUCAUCCUGCGGGCCGUGUCCAUCCUCACGCGAGAUGCCCUUCUCACCAGAGACGCACCCCAGUUCAGGGACAACAGAGAUGUGUCCAACAUGCUGAGCGACAAGGCUCUGUUGGGGUGCCGCGUGGCCCAGGUGCUGAUGCAGUACUGUGUGGGGGCCAACUACUAUUGGCUACUGGUAGAGGGGCUCUACCUGCACAACCUGCUGGUGCUCAUGGUCUUCUCUGAGAACAGCUACUUCUGCGGAUACCUCAUCAUCGGCUGGGGGACUCCUGUGCUGUUUGUGGCACCCUGGAUUGUUAUGAGAUAUUAUUAUGAAAACACCAGGUGCUGGGAGAUCAAUGAAAACAUGGCAUACUGGUGGAUCAUCAGGACGCCGAUCCUCCUGGCUAUUCUGGUCAAUUUUUUCAUAUUUAUUAGGAUUAUCCUAAUCCUCAUCUCCAAGAUGAAAGCACACCAAAUGAGGUACACCGAUUACAAGUUCAGGUUGGCCAAGUCCACCCUGACCCUGAUCCCACUGCUGGGGAUCCAUGAGGUGGUGUUCGCCGUCAUGACGGAGGAACAGACGGAAGGGACACUAAGGAACAUCAACCUGUUCUUCGAGCUCUUCUUCAACUCCUUUCAGGGUUUCCUUGUGGCCAUCCUUUACUGUUUUGUGAACAAAGAGGUCCAAUCGGAGAUCAAGAAGAAGUGGCAGCGAUGGCGGCUUGGCAUCAGCGUGCUGGACGACCAACGCAACACGGGCAGCCACACGCCCCAGGGUGGUGCCAUCACCGGGCACCUCUGCCACCACAACCCCCCAUGCCAGCCAGAGUGUCCCCAGGGCUGUGCUGCCGACCCCCAGGCCCUCGCCACCCAACCCGCCCAGCUCAACCACCACCACCACCACCACCCAGGGGCCAAGAAAGGGAAGGCAUACUGCUACAUUUCUGCUCGCAAGCAGGCCAUGAACGGACUGGAUGGGCAGGUGACGGGCACUGGAGACGGAGGAGGGGGAGGGGGAGGAGGAGGGGACAGGGUGAUCAAGUACUCGGAGAGCUACUGCUGA